CCGCUCCGCCAGGUGUUUGCGUUGGUAGCAACACUUUCUCUGACGCGUCGACACUGCCUCUCGCUGAUUGUGCUGGCAGCGAACAGUGUGUGUUUCACAGAGCCGGUGGUCGUCCGCUGUGGCUUCCGCUCUGGCCAGGUUGAGACUGAGUCGUCUCACCUGCAGACCGAGCAGGCAAGUUUGCUACUUCUCUUCUGCUGAUAACGGCGCGUCGCAGCGGGUGGUGAAGGUGCAGACGACACGUUCACUUCGGACAGCACGACGCCCUCCCGCUGCACCUGCCACGGGCUUCGUUUCUGCGCUCUCCAACUUCCUGUUCAAGCUUCUUCGUCCUUUUGCCACUCCCGAACAUGAGCAGCAACUGACUCCGGACAUCACUACACGCAAACAUAUCCACAGCAUGGACGUCGACAAGGUUUCCUUCUACCCGUUGCUGCCGGACAUCCUCACCGACAUCAGCAAAUCCCAUUUCGUUGCCAUUGACCUUGAGCUUUCCGGCGUGCCCACCAAAGCACAAUGGGGCGACGGCAAGCCAACGCUGCAGCAGCGAUAUGCGGAAAUCAAAGACGCUGCGGAGCGAUAUCAGAUUCUGCAAAUCGGCAUCACGUGUGUUGAACAGGACAUUCUCUCCGACAAGUACAUCCUGCGACCCUACAAUUUCGAUCUGUCACCAGUCAUCAACGAAAAGGGCCUUGACGUUGAGCGCAUAUUCUCGUUUCAGUCCGGUGCAGCUGAGUUCCUGCUCUCAGUAGGUUUCGACAUGAACCGGCCAUUCGCGCGUGGGGUGCCAUAUCUGUCACGGGCGGAAGCGAAGGACGCUCGGGCGAAGUAUGCCAAGAGACAGGACAAGAGUGCAGUGGCGGACAUCCAGAUCAAGCCGACGGAAGUCGAGGCACUUGCUUUCAUGGAUCGCAUCCGAGGCGAGAUUGAGGCCUGGAAAAAGUCGAGAAAUAUGAACACGCCCGAGUACCUGAUGAUUCUGCCAGCCAGCACCCAGUUCCUUAAGGAGGGCGAGGUUCCCGCUGAGCUGACUCGGUUCGAGAAGAGAUUGGUCCAUCAGCUAGUACGUGCAGAGUAUCCGGAAUUUGUGACCAUCAGCAAGCGCGGCGCCAUUCAAAUCGUGCACUUUAACAAAGAGCGCGAGGACAGACUGGCCGCGGAUCGUGAGCGACGAGUUGAAGAGCAGAUCAACAGGCAGAAGGGUUUCCGUUGGAUAAUUGAGGCCUUGCACGGAGGUAACAUAUCGGGUCUUGAUCUCAAAGAAUCCGCCAAAGACGCCAUCACAGGCGAGGACAUCUUCGUCGACUUGAACGAGUACAAAGCGCAAUUCCAUCGUGCCCAGGCCUUGAUGCGUGGCAAUCCGCGAGUCUUGGUAGGUCAUAAUUGCUUUCUGGAUCUUGUCUACAUCUACAGGACGUUCGUUGGCGAUCUUCCGGACACGGUGGAGGACUUUCAGAAGAAGUUACACAAGCUCUUUCCUGCCAUUGUGGAUACGAAAUACAUGUGCACGCACAAUUGCGGUGACAUCAGUCCAGCUUCCUCACUGGAGCAGAUCGCUGAGCAGCUCAGUCCGCUUGAGACGCCGGUGGUUGAGACUGAUCCACAGCAUGGGAAGUACAACAACGUGCAGGCAUUUCACGAAGCCGGCUACGACAGCUACCUCACAGCUCAGGUGGCAGUGAGGCUUUCUGCCAAGCUUGAGCGAGAGGGCGCGUACGUCGAGGUCGAUAGACGGGCGUCUUCGGUGCAAAACGGCGUUGCGAAGAUCGAUCUGGGAGCCGAUGAACAAAACGAUGUGACUGACAGCACCAAUGGUCAAAGCAAUGGACUCAACGCAGAAGCUGUGGGUUUCACACCUUCGGUGGCAGGCGCCAAGUGGAAGAGACGUGGCGACGAGAGUAUCGGGCCUGCUGCAAAGGAUGAUCCGUUUUACAAAGACCCCAGCAAGCUGAAGUUUCACAUGCAGACGGAAAACGUUACCAUCCCAGACGGCAUGCCGAAGUUUGGCAGCGACUUCUGGCGAGUCUAUGGAAACAAGUUACGUGUCUUCGGUACGCAGGAAGCAGUCUGCAGCCUUGAUGACAGCGAGGACAAGUCAGGCCUCGAGAGCUCUGAUGAUGCUGGGGGUGUGGAUCUCUAGGCGCUGUCGUGGCCCCCGUUGAUCGAGCCCAACAAAUCGCCGUUGCCAUCAUCCUGUCCUCCAUGGAAGGGCAAGGUCUGGACCGGCAGUAGGGAUACAUGGUGCGCCAAGACUCCCAUUGUCUCUUGGUUGCGUUUCAUGCUAACUACCGGACAGGAGAAGGAUUCACAGCGAUGAAGCCGAAGCGGAAGGAGUGCUCUUCUUGCGGCGUGCAUUCCGUCAUCAUCUGUGCGUUACCAACAGCAAGGCUCAUACGUAGGUGCGAGCUAUCCUAGAGCUUGCUUUCACUCUGUAGUCUCAUCUCCCCUAUGACGAUGACACUUGAAACCUUUUCUGCUAUAGCCAUACAGGUGUGGCAGCUCCCACGACCUUUCCAUCUUCAGUUUUGCCCAGGUUGACCUUUGCCACCU